CCCCAAGCGUUGUCGCAUCCACUUUAUCGCGGGUUCUGUCGCGGAUUCGUACCUCUAGCUAACGGUGUUGCUGCACGCAUCUGGCGGCAAAUUGGCAGCGAGAAGCCCGCGCUAAUAAUACACUUCGAAAUCGCCGAAUCGGAGGAUCCUAAAUCCAUAUCACGCAUACGCCUCAUCAUCCCAUCGAUUAUCUUGGCUGAUAAUAGAGCAAGCGAGCUACAAGAGAGAACGACAAGAUGCAUGUGCCAUUAUAAGGAUAAAGGAAGGACAUUAUCAGGAGCAGUAUCAUAGCACUAAGGAGGUCCUCGUUAUAUAUGGAAUACCGAUAACUGAUAUUAUAUUAUAUUAGAGUACAGUGAACUUGAGAGAGUGUUAACUUUUUACCUACAUAUAUAGAACCCGCUCACAUACACAGAUAGAACCUACAAUGGGUAAAGAUUACUACAAAACCUUAGGGCUGCCAAAAACUGCCACCGACGAUGAGAUCAAAAAGGCCUACAGGAAACUGGCCCUGCGCUAUCAUCCGGACAAAAACAAAGCCGCCAAUGCCGAGGAGAAAUUCAAAGAGGUCGCCGAGGCCUACGAGGUUCUUUCAGACAAGAGCAAACGGGAGGUGUACGACAAAUACGGCGAGGAUGGUCUCAAGAGUGGCGGCACGCGAAACGGCGGUCCCUCGAGCAACUCGUUUACAUAUCAGUUCCAUGGAGAUCCGCGCGCCACCUUCGCCCAGUUCUUCGGCAACAGCAAUCCGUUCGCCUCGUUCUUCGACAUGGGCGACAAUCUGUUCGACAAGAACGUUUUCGACCUGGACACGGAACCCGACUUCUUUUCCUCGCCCUUCGGCGGGAUUGGCUCGCGGCAUGGUCUGGGCAGUGCCUUCAGGCCCUCUUUCAGAUCACACUCCUUCAACGUGCACACGCCGUUCAAGAAGGAGCAGAAGCAGGAUCCGCCCGUCGAACACGAUCUCUAUGUGACGCUGGAGGAGAUCUACCACGGCUGUGUUAAGAAAAUGAAAAUCUCCCGGCGCGUCGUCCAGGCGGAUGGCAGUUCCCGCAAGGAGGACAAGGUCCUGCAGAUAUCCAUCAAGCCGGGCUGGAAGUCCGGCACCAAGGUCACCUUCCAGAAGGAGGGCGACCAGGCGCCCGGCAAAAUCCCCGCCGACAUUGUGUUCAUCAUCCGGGACAAGCCGCAUGCCAUGUUCAAGCGCGAGGGCAGCGAUCUCCGCUACACGGCGAGACUGACGCUCAAGCAGGCUCUUUGCGGCGUUGUCUUCCAAGUUCCUACCAUGUCCGGCGACAAGUUGCGCAUCAGUACCAUGCAGGAGAUUAUAAAGCCGAGCACGGUGAAGCGGAUCCAGGCCUACGGACUGCCAUUUCCCAAGGACACAACGCGCAAGGGGGAUCUCCUGGUGGCCUUCGACAUCCAGUUCCCCGAGAAACUGACUGCCGCCCAGAAGGAGGUGCUCAGGGACAUGUUAUGAGGGACUCAAUCCUCACCCGCCCCGUGACGACUCAGACUCACACACAGUCCGCCCUGAGAAUCGGACUUAGUCAUCCAUGCCAACAACGCACUAAAACCAAACCGAACCCAUCUCUCAAAUCAAUAUCCCCCUCAUUUCCCUUAACACCCCACCAUCGAGAUCUUCCUACCAUUUUGCUUGUUUUUGUGUUCAGUGAAACAUUUGCACAUUUCUUACAGGAACUCCCUCUUAACGAUCGGUUUUGCUCAUCGACGCCACGAACAUGUUUGCAUAAUAUAUAUAUGUUGACCAUAGUUAUUAUAUCAUUAAUUCUUAAUUUAUUUGUCUAAAUUAAAGCUACAUUUAAUAAAAUUACACACACACAUACGGAAAACAUGUGGAAGAAAAAACAAGCGAA